AUGCAAAUAAGCGAAGCGGCAGGCGGGGUGCCGGCCCUGGGGGCGGAACCGUGUAGGUUCCCAAAGCUAGAAGAAUGUGCCCAUUUUCAUUAUGAAAGGGUGCAACUGCCCCAGUUGGCCGUCACCCUGCAGACCAACAUGGACCAGUCACUGCAUUCGCAACACACUAAUGAUGAUACCGAUGUUGAGUGGUUCAUGGUUCAAGUGACAUCUGGAGAUGCGUGCUGGAUCAUUCAGAGGAAUUUCGAGAACUUCCAAAUGUUGGACGACCAGCUGCACCAAUGCAUCUUCGAUAGAAAAAUCUCCCAACUGCAGGAUCUCUCUAGUCAGUCUCCGAAUGAUGAAGAUUUGGAGACAAAACUCAUCCUCUACUUGGAGCGUUUCAGCAAGAUAGCCGACAAUUCGGUCAAUUGCGGUCCCGUGUUGAACUGGUUACAGAUGGACAACAAAGGUCACAGAUUGCUGGUACCAAGUGAAGAAAGCAGAUCGAUUAAUACUCCUGCAGUCGCAGCCGCCUAUAGUGUUCGUCGAUAUGUUUCGCAGGCUCGAGACGAAUUGAACCUAGAAGUCGGCGACAUGAUCUCAGUGAUAGACAUGGCUAGUCCAGGGGAAUCGAUGUGGUGGAGGGGGAAACGGGGAUUUCAAGUGGGGUUUUUUCCUCAACACUGUGUUCAUAUCAUAGGAGAUAAGGUGCCCAGAAAUAUGCCUCUACCUCCGCCAGUUGUAGGGUCCUUAGCAUUAACACCGAUUAAACCAGUAUUGAGGAAACACGGUAAACUGAUCACGUUCUUUAGGAGUUUUAUUUUGAACAGGCCGUCGAGGAGGCGAUUGAAACAAUCAGGAAUAUUGAAGGAAAGGGUAUUCGGCUGCGAUCUCGGCGAACAUCUGCUCAAUUCCGGAAACGAAGUUCCGAUGGUGCUCAAGUGUUGCGCUGAGUUCAUUGAGAAGUACGGCAUCGUCGACGGAAUCUACAGGUUAUCUGGAGUUACUUCGAACAUCCAGAAGUUGCGGAACGCCUUCGAUGAAGACCGAAUUCCAAACCUGUGUACAGAAGAUAUCUUGCAAGACAUUCACUCCGUUGCAUCACUUUUGAAAAUGUAUUUUAGAGAAUUGCCAAAUCCAUUAUGCACCUACCAGCUUUACCAAAGUUUCGUGAACGCAGUACAAGGCUGCAACACAGCGAUUAGAAAUUCAGAAUCGGACCAUGACAGGCUGCUAAAAAUGCGGGAGACAGUACAGAAAUUGCCUCCGCCGCAUUACAGGACCCUGGAGUAUUUGAUGAGGCAUUUGGCGAAAGUAGCAAAACAUGGAGCUAGCACGGGAAUGACGACAAGAAACGUUGCCAUUGUAUGGGCCCCUAAUCUUUUAAGGUGCGAGGCGUUGGAAGUUGGAGGCGUAGCAGCUUUACAAGGUGUUGGAGUUCAGGCAGUCGUAACUGAAUUUCUAAUCUGUUACGCCGACUUAAUAUUCUGUGAUCAUCUACCCAACUUCGACCAACCAACGUUGACAAACGAAAACCUCUUAUCGAAGAAGUGUAGGCCAAACAGUUUGGCCAUUUCUACUCCAACAAAAUUGAUCACGUUAGAAGAAGCAAGAAAUAAACAUUUGCCAAACAAAUCCGAAGAAUGCAACUACAUCGAAGUAGGAGGAGGUCCUAAGAAUUUGCCUAAGAAGUAUCAUACUGUAAUAGAGUUACCUUCGGGAGCAAGAAAGCGGGGCCAUACAAAACGUUCACCUUUGGGCUGGAGGAUGUUCUUUUCGAAAUCCAGAAAUCAAACUCAGGGUAAUAUGUCAAAAAAUCGAAAGGCUUCCACGCCGGUUACUAUAAACGAAAAAUUCGUAACUGAAUCGGAUCUGACAGAAAUGAAACGGAAGUUAAGGUCAGUGAAAUCGGCAGAAAGCCUGACAUCCGGUCAUUCUGAACCAGCCAGCUGCGAAGAUGUUUUGGGACCACUGCAUUCACUUCAUAAACCUCCCGGCCACAACAGGUCAGUCUCACACGAUUCCUAUUUUGAUACUCUGCAGAAUUCUCAGAAUAAUUCCGAGGGUUCGCUAUUGGAUCUGAGCGAAAUCCAACUCAACUUCGAAUUGGAGGAGUCAGAAAUGAGGAUCUUUUCCGAAGACGAGAGCUUGGUUAGUUCUCCCAGAGUUCAUAGAGAGUCUCAGCGUCGUGUUCUGACCAGGGCUCGCCCAGAAGAAUACAACAGUACCACAAACUCUGUGAACCCCUCUCCAAAGAAGCAAGCUCGUGUGGUUCUAUCACCGGAAUCUCAAUCUCGGAAACGUACCCGUCUUGAAGAUCAACUCUCGGAUAUACAAUACAUCGACUGUAGUACCCCUGAUAAUGUAGUGUCAACUACGGCUGUGAUACAUACGUUUCCGGAAAGUCCAGUAGUUCAAACGAACAAACUGUUCGAUUCGUACCAACCGAAGAACAAGUCACCUAGAAAUUCUGAUAAUUUAGAAAACAAUGAUAAACGACAAUCAUUAGAUCUAGAAUCUCCAGUCAAAAAUGUCUUAACAAAUUCCUUCACAGAUCUAGACCUUAACCAACCAGGUUUAGGCCCAUACAGUUUGUUAACUAGUCCUACACCUUGCUCUCCUGGAUAUAAACAACUAGGAGACAGUAGUGCUAAUACAACUCCUGGAAUAUCACCCACUUAUGACAGCUCUCCAACAGAAAGCACUUUUCAAAAGACCGAAGUCAAAUCUCCUACAUCAAAACCUCACAAUUACGAAAACAUUAGAACUACUAUAAGUAUCACAUAUAAAUCACCACCCCGUAGUACUCCUGCAUCACCAUUGAAAGCCCCAGUUUCUAAUAUAUACGAAAAUGUUAUUAUAAACCCCGAAAAAGUUGAUAUUCCUACAUCUACAGCUUCAUUGCCUGUACAAGAGGCUAGUUUAACUGUAAACGGCGAUUACAUUUCCGAUAGACCUAAAAGUUUAAGUGCUUUGGAAGAUCUGACCCCUGGUAAUGAGUCUACUACUGUUAGGAAUAAUUUGAGUUCUAGUGCUAUUUGUAAUACCAGUGAACAAAUAUCAGUUGGCAGCUUUAAUGAUCAGAAAACCCUCAGCUCGAAUCAGUCUAGUACUUCCAAUGUACAAUAUACAGCUAGUGUUAGCUCGGCACCGUAUCAGUACAUUGAAAACACGGAACGUCUCAGUCAAAGUGACUUAAGUCUCAGCGAGGUAAUAGAAAGUUCUUUAGAUAACCUUAGUACAAGUCAAACAUCCCUUAGCUUCCCCGCAAGUCCUUCAAAAAACAGUCCUAGUCCAAAUGUCAGCCCUACCCAAGUUUACGAUUGUUCGUCAAACGAACUCUUAACUCCAGUCAGUCCUACGGAGACCAAAAACACUAGUGAAGGAAUUAGCACAGAAAAUUUAGAUAAUUUGCCAGUAGAAGCGGAGGGAUGUCCGGUUGAUACAAAUUUAAUUGAUUUCAGUCCCACCGAUGACAAUGUCGAGUUAAGUCCUAGUAGGCUGAGUAACAACGAUAAAAGAAAAUCGGAUGAAACUGAACUGAUGGACGAUAGCUCCAUAUAUCAACAAGUCAAAUACUUUAGACGAUCUAUACACGAAGUCAAUGCUCUUCUAGAGUUAGAAAACGGGUCUAAUGAUGAUUACGAAACGGUGAUAGUAAAAGAUUCUAAAAUAGAAUUAAAUAAUGACGAAGGAAAAGAUGAAGAAUCAAAGGUUAAGGAACCUAUUGUGAAAAAUGAAUGUGUGGAUGAAAGUUACGACUCUUUAGAAUCAGAAAAUGUACAUGUCUAUGAAAAUAUCGAGGGUGAAAGUAUGAAAGGUGAAAUUGUGUACGAAAAUGUAGAGGUUAAGACUGAUAAAGAAGAGGAGGAACCUGAAGAAAACGUAAACUGUACAGUUGUAGAAGAUAAGAAAGACGAGGUAGCUGUAGAUAGUACUGUGCCUAGUGAAAACCCAGUAUUACCUUUAGAAGAAUCUGAUGAUAGUACAAAUAUCUCCAACUGUCAUAGGUUAAUGAAGUUCUACGAAAAAGACAGCCUUCCACCUUGUUUGCGCGCCAGAAAUCUGAAGCACCAACUAAAAACACGUUCCCUGGACGAAGACGAGUUCGAAAAAGAAUUCGGGAUGAAUUCUAUAGGAGAUAGAAGGACUUCGUUCGACGAACAUCUUGGCUACAAAACCAACUCUCUGGGCUACAAGACCAAUUCUUUACCUAAAACGCUUAACCAACCCAAAUCCCUACCGCUGGAUGACGGUAAGGUGAACUCUUUGCAUCUGGCCCAUAGCUCGGAGAAUAUCAAUAGCAAUUUAAGUGAAGAGGAGCAGCAGAAAAAGAGGGAGCGCAUCGAAAGGUACAAAGAAGAAAGGAGGAAAAUUCUGCAAGAUAGAUUCAGGUCAGAAUCAUUCAAAGAAGACAAGGAAGUCCUUCUCACUCGUCUGCGAAUAUACAAACCCAGGGAGGACCCUCCCGAAGUUACAAAAGUUCCAGAAGCGGAUCGACUUCCUCGUAGUCGUAGGCGUAGUUCGCGUAGCGAAGACAGUGAUACUCAGGAACCAACUACAAAAUUAGAAGAUACUUCUAAGCAAGAUGUAGAAAAUAUUAAGCCGGUUUUACGGCUAGACGAAACUUCUAAGUUGUCUCUAAGGCUGGAAGAAACUAAUAAACAAAAGGAAAAUUUAAACGAACCGGUUACUCCGCCUAUCGAGAAACCUAAAGCAAUAAAAGAUAGUUUAAAAUCUAGGGCUGCGAUUUUCGAACAAAAUUCUCAAAAGGCGGUUCCUCCUUCUAGCUUAAUUAUAAACAAAACUAGACCUUUAAAACAGACUGAUUCUUACGCCAAAAAUGUACAAGAUAGUCGAGAGAAAACUAGUAGUUUAUUAGACAGUCGGGACAAGCCGUACAAUUCUUUGGAGAAUCGUGAAAAAACAUAUGGCAGGAUAGAUAAGAAGGAGAGCUUGGAUGAGGAAUUAAAGGAUUUAGAUUUUAUUAGAAAUAAAAGACGGGAUAUGGAUGUUUUAAGAGAGAAGAGGCAUACUUUUGAUAGUAGGGAGCGGGAAACGGAAGCAGACAGGCUUCGAAGGAUUAGUUUAGAUAGUAGAAGUCCCAG